AUGGCCACGCCCCGUCCCCGACCUGUCUUCAUGGCAGAAGGAAGGGAAAAGGCAGUGAUCUGGAACAACAGGGACUUCAGCAAAGUGGGGAUAGGGGACCCUCCUCGACUCAUCUUCAUCUUCAUCCCUGGCAUGGGCAGGGGAGAGGUGGCAGGGAUGGACUCCGGCCUGUCCAGACCUAGCCUCCUGGGGGUGUUCCUGCUGGCCAUGAAGCUCACAGCAUUGGUGGUCCAGAACCGGCUCUAUGUCUACGAUUUCCUUCUGGUUAAGAUCUUCCUGUUCAACCACUGGCUGUCAGGGCUGAGCCGGGAGGCCCAGGGGCCCAAUUGUCUGCAGGACCACCCACCGCCAGGGCUCGCUGGCUGUCCUGUAGGCCGGGCCCUCCGGGCACUGGUUGAGGCCACCCUGUGGCUGUUGCUGCAGGGCCCUCGGCUGGCAUGGGCAGGAAUGCAGGGCUGUGCCCGGACCCUGAGUUUGGGCUCCCUCCAUUCCGGUGUCCUGAAGCCAAGAGGCCUGUCGCUAGACACCUGGACACACCUGCUACUGUCGUGUGUGCAAAGCCUCCUGCUGGCGACUUUACUGCUUGCACUGUUGGCCUGGAGGCUGUUGCAGAAAGCCCGCGGCUGUAGCCUGGGCCGGCUGCCUUACAAGACCUUGCUUGAGAACCGCGCUGUGCUGGAGCUGCUGGCCCUGUCGAAACGCCUGUACUGGUGGAUGGAGAGCAGCAUGGCCCUCCCCUCCUGGCACCUGGCCUAUCUGGUCACCUGGGCCACCUGUCUGGUCUCGCACCUGCUGCAGGCCGCCUUCGAGCACACUGACCAGCUGGCACAAACCCAGGACUUUGAGCUCCAGGAGGCCUCGGGGCCGCUGUUCGAGUUCCUGGACCCCGAACCCAGGCCAGUUCUCACAGAGCCUGAAGCCCUUGGAGAAUAA